ACUUUCCGAUAUGGAGCCCUUGAACUCUCUUUCUCCAGUCUCCCCUAUAAACUCUAUGCUCGCCCAACUUACCACUUGGUAAUUAGAUCCAUCAUCCAUGGCUAAGACAGUGACGGGCCAUCUUAUCACACUCUUCCUUCUUCAAGCCUCUCUCUGCAUGAGUUAUGGGGAGGCCGAGGUGAAGGGUAUGUUUGUGUUUGGGAGCUCUUUGGUCGACAAUGGGAAUAACAACUUCUUGAGGAAUUCGACUGCGAGGGCCGACUACCCACCAUAUGGCAUAGACUUCCCUCUGGGGCCCUCCGGCAGGUUUUCCAAUGGGAGGAAUCCGAUAGACGUUCUCGGGGAGCUUCUGAAGCUUCCAAGCCUGAUUCCCCCGUUCGCCGAUCCGAGAACCAGAGGACCUAGGAUUGCCAAUGGCGUCAACUAUGCCUCUGGUGGCUCAGGGAUACUAGACCAGACCGGGUCUAUCACCGGUGAGGUGAUGAGCUUGAGCCAACAAGUAAGGGACUUCAAGACUAGGACGCUGCCAGACUUUGCAGCCCAGCUUGAACUCAGCGGCCACCGAGGGGCCUACAAACACUACCUCUCCAAGUACCUGUUCGUGGUGGGAACCGGUGGAAAUGAUUAUUUACUGAAUUACUUCAUUCCCGGGGAAAAGAAGAGACCUGCCCUGCGUCAAUUCACCAAAGCUCUCAUCUCCACACUGUCCGGCCAGCUCAAGAUGCUUUAUGAUCUUGGAGCAAGAAAAUUCUUGCUCUUCUCUAUUCAAACCAUGGGUUGUGUGCCGGUCGUGAGGUCAAAUUCACGUAUAACCAACGGAAGUUGCGUCGAGGCCAUGAAUAAAGCUGCUCUUCUCUUCAAUCGCCACCUAAAGUCACUGGUCCAUUCGACGAAAACCCAGAUGCCGGGCUCCAAAAUGGUCUAUAUUAAUUCUUACAAGAUUAUAAGAGAUAUCAUCAUCGAUCCUAAUCAGAACGGAUUCUCUGAUACAAGAAAAGCCUGCUGCGAGUUGUCGUCAAGGAGGGAAGGAGGAAAUGGGAUACUAUGCCGAAAAGGAGGGCGCGCAUGCGGCCAUCGGGCCGCCCACGUAUUCUUUGAUGGUCUCCAUCCAACCGAUGCCGUCAACGUGAGGAUCGCACAGAAGGCUUAUGGCUCGAAUCUGAAGGCAGAAGCAUAUCCUAUCAAUGUGAAACAACUGGCUCGGUCUACGUGAACCGAACAAGGUGAAGCAUUCAGGUAGUGUCGUCAGUAGGUGAGCGUGUUGUUUGUGUUUUUGUGUGUGUAGGCAGGCAAAAAGGAGUGAAUCUCGGUUGGAUGGUGUUUUGCAAACCGCUUCCUUCUUGUGUAAAUAAGUUCCUUAACAAUUACGCUUCCUUCUUGUGUGAAUCAGGUUCAUCUUGGUCUGAUGGUUAACGUCCCUUAACAAAGUUGUUACAUGGUGGUAGAUCUUUA